AUGUCCAGCGACAAGGUCCUCGUCGGUGUCAUCGGUGGCUCUGGCCUCUACCACCUCGACAACCUCACCUUCAUCAAGAAGGUCGAGGUUGAGACUCCCUGGGGCAAGCCCUCGUCGCCCAUCACCAUCUCGGCGCUCCCCAACGGCUCGCAGAUUGCCUUCAUCUCGCGCCACGGUCCCCACCACACCAUCACCCCUACCGAGGUUCCCGCCCGCGCCAACAUUGCCGCUCUCAAGCACCUCGGCGUCCAGGCCAUUGUCGCGUUCUCGGCCGUCGGCUCGCUCCGCGAGGAGGUUGCUCCUGGCCACUUUAUCAUCCCGGACCAGAUCAUCGACCGCACCAAGGGUAUCCGCGAGGACACCUUCUUCCGCGGUGACGGCGUUGUCGUCCACUCGAUGUUCGGCGACCCGUUCUCGGGCCAGCUCAACGCCUUUGUCGCCCCCCGCGUCGAGAAGAUCCUCGCCUCGACCGACGUCAAGCUCCACACUGGCAAGACCGUCGUCUGCAUGGAGGGCCCCGCCUUCUCCACCCGCGCCGAGUCGAUCAUGUACCGCCAGUGGGGCGGCGACAUUAUCAACAUGUCGGUCAUUCCCGAGGCCAAGCUCGCCCGCGAGUGCGAGAUUGACUACACCCUCAUCUGUACCUCGACCGACUACGACGCCUGGCGCGUCGGAGAGGCCCCCGUCACCGUCGAGGAGGUCGUCAAGGUUCUCCACACCAACGCCGGCAACUCGCGUGCCGUCGCCGCCGGUAUCCUCGAGGAGGUCGCUGCCCACGUCGAGGCUGGCGAGCUCACCGAGAUCCGCGGCAGCAUGAAGUUUGCCUGCAUCACCCGCGCGGACGUCCAGCCCAAGGCUGCCCGCGAGAAGUACUCGUUCAUCCUCCCCGAGUACUUCUCUUCGUAA